AUGAACCCUUGUGUGAGAAUUAAACCUCAGGAAGGACUUGAAAAUAAUUCUGUUGCUGAAGUUGACCCUGGUGAUCCACCUGUUUUACCGGAUGUACAAAAGUUGCCUUCUGAGAGUAUUGAUAUUGGGGAUAUAAAUACAGGCCCGAUUCGCCCAAACUUACAGACAUAUCCAAAAAAUGUUUUUGGCAAACAAAACAGAGCAUUUUCAUCUACAUUGUUUGAUGGUUUUCCUUGGCUUGAAUACAGUAUUCAAAGGGAUGCUGUAUUUUUCUAUCCAUGUAGAGUUUUUUGA